CGCGCCGCGCACGCCGCAUCGACCCCGCCAUGCUCGCCACGACCGCGACCGCCGCGCUCGCGCCGAAAUUCGGCGCGCCGACGAAGAUCGCCUCCGCGCGGUCCACGUUCGCGUCCGGCGCGAAGCCCGUCGCGGCGCUUCGGGUGACGUCUGCCGGGGCCUCCGCGCGCCUCUCGCGCAAAGAUCGCGCCGCGCGUCUCGUCGUCAGCGCGAACCUGUUCAACCGCCUCGGCCGCGUCAUCGGCUCGUACGCCAACUCGCUCGUCUCCGCGGCGGAGGACCCGGAGAAGAUCUUGGAUCAGACCGUCAUCGAGAUGCAGGAGGACCUCGUGAAGAUGCGCCAGGCGUCCGCGCAGGUGAUCGCGUCGCAGAAGCAGCUCGAGAACAAGUACAAGCAAGCGCAGGCGACCGCGGACGACUGGUACCGCCGCGCCGAGCUCGCGAUGAGCAAGGGCGACGAGGAGCUCGCGCGCGAGGCGCUGUCGAGGAAGAAGUCGUACCAAGAGAACGCGGACUCGAUGAAGGCGAACCUCGCGGAGCAGGAGAAGGCUGUCGAGAAGCUCAUCUCGAACACGCGAUUCUUAGAGAGCAAGAUGGCGGAGGCCAAGAGCAAGAAGGACACGCUCAAGGCGCGCGCGGCGAGCGCGAAGACGAACAAGGCGGUGCAGGACCUCGUCUCGGGCGUGAGCACGUCUUCCGCGCUGAGCGCGUUCGAGAAGAUGGAGGAGAAGGUGAUGGGGAUGGAGGCGGAGGCGGAGGCGGUCGGGAUGCUCACGGCGUCCAACGACCUCGAGGACAAGUUCAAAGCCUUGGAGGGCGGCGGCGUGGACGACGAUCUCGCGGCGCUCAAAUCGAAGAUGCUCGGCGACGGCGAGAAGAAAGGGGGGGCGCUGCCGGAGGGGAGGCCCGUCUCGGACGCGAUCGAGUCCGAGCUCGAGGCGCUCCGGAAGAAGGCCAACGACAUGUGACGCGAGCCGCCCGCGGGUGAAGAGAAAGGAAGAGAGGAGGAAGAUUAAAGAUCGACGAGAGGCUGGCUCGUUUCGGUGUGAUGCUCGCAUUCAAACCCUUCUUC